AUGUUCCCCUCUCUACUGCGACGCCCCAGGGCUGGCCCCCGUCGAAUCGAUCGUCGCCAGAACACAAGUGCUUCUCCCUCUCCAGGCCCUGCGAGACGACGCUACACCUUGGAACGACAUGCAACGGCUGAUUUCACCGAAGCCGACGACGACGAUGCUGACUUUACUCACGACGAAGGCUUGAGGCGGUUCCGGAACAAUGAACGGCGUGCGAAUAAUGCCGGCGAUGAAGAGGCGGGGGAUGAAGACGACAAUGACGACGACGAAGAAUAUGGAAUGAAUGAGGAUGGACGACAGAGCGGUCUCCCUGUUCUACCUUUGUUUUCUGCCUCUCAUUUGGACUCUCUACCAGUGUAUAGCAUAACACAUGCCAUCCGAAUUAUCAUUUCAACACGAACCGAGACGACUCUAUCAUGGGACCAGCUUCGGUCACCUCAAGUCUCCCAAUUCCUCGUCAAACCCAUGCAGCAACAGAUUCGCGCUCAGCACUUCAACCGCGCCACCUUGUAUGCUCUUAUGAUCAACUGUCUUCAGUUUAGCAAAGAGGGUGCACGCUACCCAGGCAAUGCAGGCAUAAGCAGCACUCGUGCCAAGGUUUGCGAACUGCUUACUCUCAAACUCUUGAAAGAGUACAACACUCGUGAGCUCAUUGAUGCCCUGGCCUAUGACUUUUACCCACUUCAAGGCCUUCCCGGAUCCCAAUUGCCUACUUCUCCACGAAAGUCACCACCAGCUAAUACGCUGCCAUUGAUUGCGUCUCGGACAUCAACUCUUGAGGUUGCGAUCCGAGCCUCAGCCAAACAUUUGCUUGCGCACCCCCUGGUCGUCCAACAACUCGAAGCUAUUUGGAGUGGCGCGAUCACUUUCCACUCCUCUGCAGACAGCCUGCAUCGCGAGCCCCCAUCAAUCAAUAACCGCAGUUCAAACAGCUUCAUAGGGAAAGCAGAUGACCGAACACCGCUACUUGGGUCGUCCCCUCAGAAGGAUGCUUAUUUCACUCCACCGGGGCGCCGUACGGCGUCGCUCUACGAUCCUCGACAAGCGUCUCUUCUGAAGCUCUCCCGGCUCCGAGUCCCCCGAUACAGGUCCUUUCUUUCGACAAUCUCUCUUGCGGUCUUGAUUGGACUGUUCCUUGCCGUUCUUGCUGAGCGCUCAGUUCAGAUCACGGGUUUGGAAUUAAUCUUCUGGUUCUGGAGUGCUGGCUUCAUGCUAGACGAGCUCGUUGGUUUCAACGAGCAGGGAUUUGAGCUCUACAUAAUGAGCGUUUGGAGAGUAUUUGAUCUUGGUAUCCUGCUGUUGCUUAUCGUUUAUUACUGUAUGCGAGCAUAUGGUGUUUUUCUGGUCGAUCCUCACCACUGGAACGAUCUGGCGUAUGAUGUUCUCGCAGCCAAUGCGAUUCUACUCCUGCCGCGUAUCUUCAGCAUUCUGGACCACUACCAAUACUUUUCGCAGCUGCUCAUUGCUUUUCGACUAAUGGCCGUUGAUCUUGUUGCGGUGUUCAUUCUCAUUGGUAUCCUUUGCAGCGGAUUUUUCUUCUUCUUCACAUUGACGAAGAACUCAUUCGGGGCGAGUGAUGUUGCCUAUAAGAUUUUCCAGAUCCUUAUGGGUUUCACUCCUGCAGCCUGGGAAGUAUGGGAUGCGUACAACUGGUUGGGGAGAGCCUUGUUGGUUUUGUUCCUGAGCAUCUGUCAUUUCCUUGUCGUGACCAUCUUGAUUACUGUCUUGACCAAUAGCUUCAUGGCUAUUGCGAGUAAUGCAAACGAAGAGCACCAGUACUUGUUCGCGAUCAACACCAUCUCCAUGGUGAAAAAUGACGCGCUGUUCUCGUAUAUUGCUCCUAGCAAUAUCUUUGCGUGGCUCCUCAUGCCUCUUCGGUAUUUUAUGCCAUUACGGCACUUCGUUUGGCUGAACCGGACAGUUAUCAAAGUUACACAUUUUCCUGUGCUAUUUUGCAUAUACUUGUACGAGAGAUACUGGCUUGCGCCAUCCAUGUACGAGCCUACCGAUUUGGUGGAACACCCAAACCGCGAGCGAACUCGACAAAUUUCCUUCAUGGAUCCCGCAGGCCGAGCCGCCAUCUUUAGUCCGAGCGUUAGGAUGCGCGAAGAGUCGGUGGCUGGCUUCCAACAAGAUCGAGCCCUGGAGGAAGUAUUCCGGCGCAUGCCUGAUCCUCUGACAUUGAGAACACAGAGGCGCCAAGAGAGACGGAAAACACAGACAGCAAUCCGUAACUGGAUGGACCAGCAUGACGACAAUGAAGCUUCUCCGGAGGCUACAAUGCCUCCUUGGCAACGAAGAUCGAGCGUGGGUCUUGUUCGAACCAGUAAUUUGAGGCGUGUCUCGGAUGUCAGGUCGAUAGCAAGUGAUCCUGCUGAUCUGAUUUCCAAUGCCGGACAGCCUCUCCGGCCAUCACAUUACUCCAGAACUCGCCUGGUUGGCGAAGCUGAGUACAAAGACCAGACAGAUGCGGAUGGAGAUGAUGAACUUGUGACAAAUGACGAAGACGAAGACGACCAUAACACAAACGCUGCUCAAAGCCAAGUUGCCAGGAGCCAUCGGAUUAGUGAGGAAGCUGACAGCUACUUUGCACCAAAUGCGAACAGCUUUGGAAAAUUAGCAUCGUCCGUGAGCUCAUCAGGCAAGAGCAAAAACUUGGCACCAACUCCUCGGCCUAAACGAGGUGCGCACAAUCGAACUCUUUCCACCAACACCAUACUUUUCAACCCUCAGGACUUCAAGCAAGUGUCAAAAGCGUCUUCGCUUUCGCCUCCUCCCGGCCAACAGCGCCCGCGCACCAGUGGGCGUCCGGCAACGGGAGAAAAGACCCCGAGACGCAGCUCACCCCGCCGUACUAUAUACGUGACCAACACCAAGCCUCGACCGGCCAUGCCAGCACGAGGCAUGACCGAGGCCGGUGCUGUCAGUCGAUCGGCCCUUCUUAGCAUUGAGCCACGGAACCGACCCAAGGACGUCCGGAGGUUAUCUUCUGUUGACUUGAGUGCUAUUUCUGACCAUGUUGGAGGGGAUCCCAUUGGAGCUAUGCCAGGCAGUUUCCAGACGCAAAUGGCCAUGGCCAUGAUGAAGGACAACCAUCUGCGGGGGGUCGGUGGUAACGACUCCGGUGACCGCGACAGAAUGGGAAGGCUAGUGUUGGCAAGAAUGAAGACGCUGGAGGAGAGUUUCGCAGAUGUAAUCAAGGAAAUGCGCGACUUAAAGAAGUCAUCAACAGUUCCUACUACGCGACGCAACUCCUCCGGGGACGAGGACACCUCGGCGCAGAUGAUCGAAGUGGCAGGGCGAGACCGGCUAAGGAAGUAUACUAUGGAGAACAAUCAACGCAAGGUGGCGUCUAAGCGGCCAGUCAGCCGGCGAAGUUUCAAGGAAGCCAAGCCGGGCUGGGAUACCAAGGGGAAGGGGAAGGAAGUGGCAUACGAGUCUGAUGACGAAGCUGAAACGGACGACAGCUUGUUUCAAAAGGGGGGCUCACUGUAG